CCAAGCUGGGCGUCGGUGGAGCGGCGGCGGAUGCUGCAUUUGCUGGAUUUCAGCCCCCGGUGGUCCCGGGUCCCGGCUCUCGGCUGCCCCCCUGGCGGCCUGUCUGUGUCACUGAGGUCUCCGCCGUCCCGGCAAAUCUCGCGGUACUUGCAAUGACAGGGACGUCGCCAUCUGGCUGGGCCGCACGGAAUGCCAUGCGUAUUUGACUAAUUAUCACUAAAAUGACUGAAACAUUGGCUGAUGUCCCUCCCUCUUCCCUUGUCAUCCAGUCUAAGACUUAUAAAGACACUAUUUUGACGAAUUUUGAAGAACAAAGAAAGAGAGAUUUUUUAUGUGACAUCACUCUGAUUGCUGAGGAUGUUCACUUCAAAGCCCACAAAGCACUGCUUGCUGCCAGCAGUGAAUAUUUUUCCCUGAUGUUCGCUGAAGAGAGCCAGCAAGGCCAGGCUAUCUACAUGCUUGAUGGAAUGGCUGCAGACACCUUCAGAGCCGUGCUGGAAUUCAUAUACACCGGUCGGCUGAAUGUCACAGAAAGGUCCAUUCAGCAUAUUGUGACUACAGCUGAGGUUCUGAAAGUGAAUGAUUUGAUCAAGGCAUACUCAGACUAUCAAGAUAACCAUUUGCAUGUUAAGGUAUCCCUAGCUUCCAAUGGAAUCAAGGUGGUCGUCGUGGAACCCGGUGUUGAUGAUAAUCAGCCUUCGAAGCCAAAACGCAAGAGGGGAAGGCCCCGGAAAUGUGAGCAAGUGCAAGUAGAAAGCAAUGAUGUUGACAGUGAGCCGCCUCUGAAUGGCCCACAGGAACAUCAAAACAAACUUGGACAAGCCACAGAAGAAAUUAAUUGUAAAAUAAACUGUAAGGACAACAGUGCAGGGAAACAAAGCAGGAAGCCAUCAGAAUCAGAAGCCUGUCUCGAUAUUGGGACAGGUGCAGAGUCCCCGUUGCAAGACGGUUAUGAACGUAGAAUAGCAACAUUGGUGGGUCACAGCCGCUAUAGCAACCGUAGAAUUCAAAGGCCCAUUAAGUUAAUGGGCUACAAACUUGGAAUGGUGGAGGAAGAAGAAGAGAAAGUACGGAAGCGAGGGCGAAAGAGGAAGUAUCCAGAUAUAGAAGCUAGAUGUAAAGACUGUGAUAAAGUAUUUAAGAAUCACCACUUCUUGACUAUACAUCGAAGGACACACACAGGUGAACGCCCUUUUAAGUGUUUUGAGUGUGGUAAAGGAUUUUCACAGAAGCACACACUGCAAGUUCAUGAGCGCAUGCACACGGGGGAGCACCCUUAUCGUUGUCCAGCUUGUGGAAAGUCUUUGACAACCAAGCAUUCUCUUUUGGAGCAUAUGAGCCUGCAUACAGGAAAGAAGGCCUUUAACUGUGAUCAGUGUGGAAAGCUUUUUACUCAGAAGAGACAACUGAAGAGUCAUUACAGAGUCCAUACAGGUCAGUCUUUACCUGAAUGUGCACACUGUCAUCGUAAAUUCAUGGAUGCUGCUCAACUCAAGAAACAUGUGAGAACCCACACAGGUGAGAAACCAUUUACAUGUGAGAUUUGUGGUAAAUGUUUUACUGCGAAAAAUACCCUGCAGACCCACAUAAGAAUCCACAGGGGAGAAAAGCCGUUUUCCUGUUCUAUCUGUGGAAAAAGCUUUGCAGAUCCUAGUGCAAAACGACGUCAUGAUGCUAUGCACACUGGAAACAAGCCGUUUGUUUGCUCAACAUGUAAUCAACGAUUCACUCGUGCUGACAACCUAAGGUCUCAUAUGAAGAUUCACAGCAAGGAGAGGAAAGCCCAUGGAUUAGUUAAUGUUCCAGGUGGUACAGAGGAGGUGAAGACAAUCUUGCAGCUUCAACAGUAUCUCCCUACAACAGGUGAGCAACAGAUUCAGCUUGUAGUCACCAAUGACGUUCAUAACAUAAAUUUCAUGCCCAACCAUGGACAAAGCAUCAGCAUUAUUUCAGCAGAGGGGUCACAAAGUCUCCCUGAGGAACAGGCCUCAAACUUGGCUCUGCUAACUCAGCCAGCAGAGCACAUGCAGAAUUUGACUUUGGUAUCCCAGCCUGGACAAACAGACGACAUUCAAGCCAUUGGCAUGGUGGAAAACCAGGAAGGUGCAGGACAGCCGGAAGAAAUGCAUGUGAUCACAUUGACAAACGAGGAAGUAGAACACCUCCAAGAUCAAGCUCAUCAAUUGCAUAUAACACAUGGGAGAUCACAGUCUAUUAGUCUUGGGCGGGAGGCUACUCAGCCCGGUCAGCUGAACCAGGAAGAAGCUCAGCACUUCCAACAGAAUCGAUCUGUACAUGCCUCUGAGCCACCAUCUCAAAGAGUAUCUGUGAAUCAAAGCUCGCAGCAAACGCAGGGAGAACAUAUCGCAGACCAGACAUUCCAACUGCAAGCAGGCAGUGUUUCUUAUCUCUAUACGACCAAUUUGGUCACACAGAACUAGGGAAAUCAAACUUGUUUGAAUGCUUACUGAAAGCAGGAUGUUUUUGAAUGACUAUUUAAAAUGGAAGCUAACUCAUAAUUUGAUUUUGUUCAGAUGCUUACAGAGGAUAUAUAACAUAGCACCAUUAUUUGCUACUUUUAGUAAUAGAUUUUUUAAUAUGUUCCAGAUUGUUUUCUCCUCCUUUGCUUUUACAUCUUUGACUCUUUAGAGGUGGUACUAAAGUCUUACGCUGGAUUUCCUUCCCCUCUACCCAAACAGAAGAUAUUAUAUGCACAUGAAUUCCAAGUUGAACAUCAUCAAUUAGGUCUACUUUAACAUUUAUUUUAGUAAGUUAAAAGAAAAUGCCUUUUCAAUUGAUUUUGUCAGCUCAAUGCAGAUAUAUGCCAGAAUAUCAAUUGUGGAGCCUCAGUUUAAAUGUGUCUGGGCGUCUGUUGUGCCUUUUUGGAAAUAAUAUACUUGAGAUCUUUGCAACAAAAUAUUUGCUAACAAUCCUUAUUGCUGCUUUCUUUGAAGAUUUUGAAUUAAAAUAUCAAAUAUGUUUAUUUAAUACUAGAAUUAUAAUUAUGUAUAUAGUUUGAACUUCUAUUCAUGAUGCAAGGUAUUUCUUAAAUACUAAUUAUGAGUCUAAGUUCUGGUUUAGAAUCCGAACCUGAUUAGGAAGAACAUUUAUUUGUUUAUUUCUUUGACCCUUUCUUCUUCUUUGUUUUUUGGGGUAUUUCAAGUUAUCAAAGUUAUAGUUUUUUUUUAAAGAAAGUGUUAGAUUUUGCUAAUAAAUACAUAUUUUGCAUUUUGGUUGAAGAUUAAAUUGCAACAAUUUGUUAAGUAAAAUGUGUGCUAUUAUAGUUCUGAAUUCUGAAUGGUAAAAGUGUAAAUUAUAUAUUUGAUAUUAAUACAAAAGUUUUCAGAUUAUUUAAUGUUAUGUUUUCUAUAGUGUUGUUCCCUUCAUACUAUGUUAUGACAUUUGUAGCCAUCAGAGAUGUACUUUAUACCAGUUAGUAAUCAGGAUCUUAUCACUGUACAAAAGUGAUUCAGUAAUGAUAAA